AUGCAUCAUCAAAAUAGAUUACCAACAAUUAAGAACACUAACAAGGAAUAAAGAUCUGAUUCUUUAGAUUUACCUACAAAUAGAUAAGUAGUGAGAAAAGAAACUUCUUAAAGUUCUGAAAGAAAUGUUAAAAGCACUGAAAACAAUAGCUAGGCUAAUUGUAUUUUAAUAUUAUAAAAGUAGAAAGAAUAGAAUAAAAGUAUAAUUCUUCUUCAAGAACUUAAAAUAAAAACAUUUAAAUUUAAGAUGAAAUGAAUUCUCAUUAUUUAAGGUAGAAAACAGACAUUAGUUCUCAUAAAUUUAAAUUAUAUCCAGUAAUAAAUGAAUACUAACAUCAAAAAAAUAAUCACUAAAACAAAUAAUAUUAAAAUUUAGAUGAAGUAGUGUAAGAUACUAUAGAUAUUUAACAAAAUAAAAAAUAUUAAACUUUAGAUACUUAAACUGAAAGAAAUCAAUAAGAUUAAGUUAAAAGAUAAGCCUCUUUAUAAUAAAAUAAAGAUAAAUCAAUUAAACCAGGAAGAAAUUUGAAAGGAAUUAGAUAAUUUGCUGGUAAAGCUGAGAAUUUAUUAACUAACUUUUACUUUUAAAAUAAAUGGUUGAAAAAAUUAAAAUCUAUUUUCUAAGCAGCUAGAGCUUUAUGUAGAAUAUAGAUUUUAGUUAGACCUAAAAGAGAAUAAUGGGAUAUGGCAAUAUCAAAAGAAAUUGAUUGUAAAUAGGAAUUAUCUUUUAAUACUACAGUUAAUGCAAUAAAAAUUAAAUAAUGGUGUUAAAUGGUAUUUACAAAGGCUUUUUCUAUUAUUUAAUCUGAAGCUCUUGAUGAUCACAAAUUAAAUUUUAUAGUAUAUCUAUUUAAUAAAAAUAGGAAAAUUAAUUAUCACCAUUACAAUUAGAUCAUGCAAUUAAUAUGACAACUUAAGUAUUCUGGUAUUUUAUGACUUCAUUUGAAUUAUUUACUAAUCAGAAAUUAUUUAUUAGAGAAUUUGGUUUAAUUAUGUAUAAAGAUCUUUUUGAAGAUUAAAGAAAAUUCUUUAGUAAAUUUGUAACUAAACGUACAUACUAUUUAUCAAAAAGGAAUAAAAUUAUCACAGAUGAAUAAAAAGUAAUGAUUUAUUCAGAAUCUAUAAUACACAAUUUAUUAUAAGGUUUAAUGUUAUCUGUUAAUAAUCCAAAAGUGAUUAAUAUGAAUAAACCAAAUAGUAUAUUUCUUAUUAGAGUAUUAAUUACUUUAUUACAAUAUUUAUUUAUGAAAACUUUUACAGAAUUACCAAUAAUCAAUGAUUUAAGUGGUAAUUAUAAAUUAAUUUAAUUUAAAUUAACAUAAAUAAAUAAAAAAGAUUUCGCUUUAUAAGAAUGUAUUUAAGUAGAGAAAGAAGAAUUAAUAAUUGGUACUUAUAGAAUGGAUGAACUUAGUCCUUUAUUCUCCAAAGUUUCAUGGCAUUCAUCAAUUAAAAAAUGUUUUAGAAGAAUACUUAAUAAUUUAUUUCUUUAUAAAUUUUGA